UUCCCAUACUGUCCCACACUGUGCCCUCCUCAUCUCUUCCCAUCACUCUGGUCUGAGGGUCCAAGAGAAUUUUGCUGGUGGUAGCCCAUCUUCAUCUCUCUCCCUCUGGACUGAGGGCUCUCACGCCCCACCUGGCCUCCCAUACAGUCACGCUGAUCUGAAGGCACGUACCUACCUGCAGCUUUUCAUUCAUUGACGCUUUUCUUGGGACCCGGCUCAAGAUGCCAGAGCCCACAAAGAAAGAUGAGACGCCCAAUGGUGAAAAAGAGAGUGUUGCCCCAGACAGUAGUGAGGCGCCCAUGCCCACACCUGAGAUAUCCCUCAAGGUCUCGCCUCCACCCCCAGAACAACCGGUAGAGACUGAGGGGAAGGAUCCACAGCCCAUAGAGGUGCUUAAGCCUGUAGAGCCUCAGCCUGUGGUUGCUAAGGAGACAGAACCAGUAGAGAAUGGGUCUAAAGAACCAGAACCAGAGGCGGUUGCGGUCAGGGCUAAAGAGCAAGUAGAGUCUGUGAACUCUGAAGUAAAGGAGGAGGCCCUGUCCCCUUGCUCACCCCCACCGCCUGACACUGGUGUGGUCUCUCACAGGACACGCUUCGAUCUCAUGAUCAACACGUUUGUGGUCUC